AUGGCGCCUGCCCGACAAGGCCGUGACGUCUCGCCCUUUGCCUUCCCCUACGACAACAACGACAACGCAUCAACCGGUGUCACCACGACCAUCACCGCCAACGCCCACUGGACCGACGACUUUCACGCCACCAGGACCAAGACGAAGAAGACGUUGCCUGCCGACGCGAGCCCGAGCCCCCGAAGAUACGAGAUUCGGCGUGGUGUUGCGCGUCGCGUUGAUUCGGCUGAUCCCGACGACUUACUCGCCCCUCCCGUUCGCCAACCGCCCCCUCGAAAUCCUCAUCGCAACACCAACCGCGGCGACGUCGACCGCACCACCGCCGCUGCCUGGCGCCCCGCCUCGUCUCUCUACUCGGAGCCGUCCCCGCAGGAGGACCAGUUCGCCAUCGUGGCCGCCCCAGGCUCAUACGGCUCGCGUGCCGACGACAUUUCACCGCCGAGCUCGCCUGAGCUCACAGGUCGUGACGAUGCCCGCCUCAGCGGCGACGAUGACAAUGUCUCACCCAUCGAUGAGGCCCCCGUCAUGUCCCAGCUAGACAUCGCCAAGCAGCAUCACCGACGAUUUCUCGAGGACCAGCAGCGAAAACAGCAGCAGCAGCAGGAGCUCGAGAAGGGCCAGCGCCAACCACAGCAAGCCUCGCCCUCACCGCACCAGCGGAGCCAGAUUCCCAUGAUGCGCCGCGACCGCCGUAAGCAGCAGGACAACGCUGCGAGCCAACUUCGCGAGACCCGGUCCAAGGAGCUGCUUCACGGUCAGCCCAGUCAAACCACCAGAUGGGACGAUCAAACCGGAAAGCCCAUCCACGACGGCAGCCCGAGCCACCAACCCCACCAGCAGCUGCCGCCUGCGGCCACCCAACGGAACCCCAUGAAGGCCUUUGGCGACCGCGUCCGGAAGAUGAGGCCCGGCAUGGGUGACGGCAACAGCGCCAAGCCCGCCAUCUCAGCCCCCAUGACGGCGCCCAUGUCCAUCGACGAACGCCCUGGCUGGCGUGGUGCAAGCGGCCGCCAGACCUUUGUGCAGUCGGUGCAGGACACGCCGCAGGUCGCGCCCAUUCACAUCCCUCGGAAGAGUAGCAAGAGGGCCGCAACCCAAGUCGCUCGUGCCGGCGGCGUCACCUCUCCUUUAUCGCCCAUCAGCCCCUCCUCCGAGUCUGAAACGUCAGCCGCUGCCACGACGCCCACGGGCCCCCGCGUGGCGCCCAUGAGCCUGGACCGUCCGCUGCCCACGCCGCCGCCGCCGGCCGCACAAGAGACGGCAUUGUCGUAUCUUACCCCUCCAACUUCCGAAGGUGCUGUACAGCCCCCGAUUCAUGCGAUGCCCACUCUGGGCGACCAAGCAGCCGACGCCAACCAACAACCCGGCUCCCUGCCCUUUACCCCUAAUCGCGGGCCUCCCACCAAGGCCAUUCGUAGAAAACCACCACCGACGAACCCUCUCGGCCUCAAUCCUCACAACGCGCACGCCCCGCACGCCUCAUUUUCGUCCAGUGUCUACUCGACUCAACUUCUGCCGGACGCCGCCGAGGACCCGUCACCCCAGCCUGCUGCGACGACAUCCGACGAUUGGGUGCAGCCCCCUUCGAGAUUUAGUGUCACGACGUUUGCGACAUCAGUCAACGCAGGCUCCCCUCGCGCCUCUUCCGACGCCGAUCUUCCUCCCCUGCCGACUCCCCCGCCGCAAACAGACUCCGUCAUGGAUCGCCGACGACCUCUGCGAAAGGGCAACGAAAGCCCCGCCAUCAACGCCGACGAACCCUUCAAAAUCUCCAUGUCUUCAGCCUACACCACGAGCCCCGACCCUGCGUCGCCUUCGCUCACGACUGCCCGCCAGAAGCUUCCCAGCCAGGUCGAUCGCCCGGCGCCGCGCAGCAGUGUCAAUUCCGGUAUCUACAACGCGACCAACGGCCGUCCCGAGUCCAUUCUGUCCUUGAGCAAAGCGCUGCCGCCGGCGCCACCCGAGCUCUCAUCUGUGAACGAUCGCGUCGGCCACCUCAAUGCGCGCCUCAGCUCCCUGGGCAACCGCCGCAUCAACAUCAACAUGGCCAUCAAGCAAAUGACGGAGCUCAUGCCCACCGACAACCUACUCGCGAGCGAGGCCGUCUUGCGCAAGCGCGAAGCCGAGAAGCGCAAGGUCGAGGCGCUCAAGGUUGAGCUUGCCGACGUGCAACGCGAGGAGUAUGAGCUCGGUCUGAAGCUGCACCGCGCGUACAAGCGACUCGACAAGGACGCCGAGUAUGAGCCCACGACGCUGUGGGUGAGAAGGGUCACGGGGUGA